AUGGCCGUCCUCAAGUCCCUCCUAAUCCUGGCCAUAUUUGCGGUCCUGGUUUCCAGCAUACCCUCGGAGUGGGUGGCGGCGUGCGACCACUUGUGUGAGCGGACGGUGGGCCAGGCGGAGAGGAAUGUGUGCUGCCGCUCCUAUGGCAAGGGCACUGGCAGCUGCUGGAGGGGCCGCAUGUGGUGUAACAACUGAUGCUUUACAUUAUAAUAACAUCUGUAUUAAA